CUGACAGAGCCAGAAGUACCUCCAGAAACACCACAAUUCAAGACUGACUGCAACAAAGAGAAAUUGUUUAUUCAAGUAGCAUUCUGAUAUGGCGUUUUCUACUCUUCUUCUAGCAUUUUUGGUGGUCUCAGGUGCAUUACAUGAGGCGGCGACAGCGUUAGAUUUCUAUGGUGCUGAAGGAAAGCAGAAUUACUCCUCAAAAUCUACAGCUGAAGGUUCUGCUUCUUCAGGCAACAACAGUCAUUCUGUCACUAUCACCACAUUACCCAUCGUUACCUGGAAAUGGCCUCAUGUAGAGACUCCGUACCUGGUGGCCCUGUGGAUACUGACCUGCUGGCUCUGUAAAUUAGUGACUGAACUGAACCACAACAUCACCAGUGUGAUUCCAGAAAGUGGUCUUCUCAUCAUGCUGGGCUUUGUUUUGGGAGGAAUCGUCUGGGGAGCAGACAAAGCGCAGACUUUUAAACUCAUCCCUGUUAACUUCUUCUAUUACCUGCUGCCCCAGAUCGUCCUGGAUGCCAGUUACUGCAUGCCAAACAAACUAUUCUUCGGCAACCUGGGAGCCAUUCUCGUCCAUGCCAUUAUCGGGACGUGCUGGAAUGCGGGCACAGUUGGCAUUGCUUUAUGGGCUUGCUAUGAAGGGGGCGCAAUGGGGACCCUGAACAUCGGCUGCCUGCAGUUCCUGCUGUUUGGAGCCCUGAUGUCUGCCGUUGACCCUGUGGCUGUGAUCGCCGUGUUUGAAGAAGUGCAUGUGAAUGAAGUGCUUUACAUCCUGGUGUUUGGAGAGUCACUGCUCAAUGAUGGAGUCACAGUGGUGCUUUAUAAUGUGUUUGAUGCGUUUGUGUCUCUUGGAGGCCCAAAGAUCAAUGCUGCGGAGAUCAUUAAAGGAAUCGUUUCGUUCGGUGUGGUGGCUUUUGGAGGCUCAUUUCUCGGUGUUUUGUUUGCCGUCCUGACAUCCAUGCUGACCCGGGUCACUAAAAACGUCCAGAUCAUUGAAGCCGGUUUCAUCAUUGUGCUGGGCUAUCUGUCUUACCUGACGGCUGAGAUGCUCUCACUUUCUGCCAUCCUUUCACUGACUUUCUGCGGUGUGUGCUGUCAGAAAUACAUCAAUGCCAACAUGGAUGAGAAAUCUGUCACAUGUCUGCGAUACUCUCUGAAAGUGUUGGCUAACGGCUCAGAGACCAUGAUAUUUGUCUUCUUAGGAGUUUCAGCCAUUGAUCAAACCAUCUGGGUUUGGAACACAGGAUUCAUCCUCCUCACCCUCCUCUUCAUCGUUGUAUUCAGGAUGAUGGGUGUUUUCUUCCUCAACUGGAUCCUCAAUCAGUCUAGACUGAUCCCUAUUGACCUCACUGAUCAGUUUGUGAUGGGUUACGGUGGCCUGCGAGGAGCAGUGGCGUAUGGACUCGCAGCCUCUUUAGAUGAGAACAAGAUCCCAGAGAAGAAUCUAAUGCUUGGCACCACACUCAUUGUAGUGUAUUUCACUGUCAUUCUGCAGGGUAUCACAAUGAAGCCAUUGGUUAAUUGGCUAAAAGUUAAAAAGGCAACACAGUCGGAUCUGACACUCAAUGGAAAACUGAACAACAGGGUUUUUGAACACACAUUGACAGGAAUGGAGGACAUCUGUGGCCGAAUGGGAGAUAACUGGUGGACGAGACAUUGGAACCAUUUUGAAGAGAAAUACGUCUGCUGGCUUCUAAUGACAAGCGAGGCCAGAAAGCGCAACGACAAAAUCUUGGAUGCCUUCCACAAACUCAAUGUUGAGGACGCCACCAAAUAUGUCAAUGAGGGUGAAAGCAAAGGUUCUCUGGCAUUCAUUCGUAGUUACGACAGUGCCUCUGUAGACUUCAAGAAGAAGCUUGCUUUAGAGUACGCAGACAUCAUUCCCGAUAUCAUGGCUGACAUGUCCGAAUAUGACUUUGACAUUGACAGUGUUCCCGUGACCUCUGUCAUGAAGAACCCGAUUCCAUCUGUAUCUCUGGAUAUCCAUGAGCAGGACCGGAGGGGCAUGUCAAACGACCUCAACGCCCAUCAUCUACUAGAGCAGCACCUGUACAAGAGCAGGAGGAAUAACCGUGCCACAUACAGCCGCAGUCACUACAACACCUCAGAGAAUCCAGACGAAAUGCAGGAGAUCUUCCAGAGAACCAUGAGGAACCGUCUGGAGUCCUUCAAAUCAGCUAAGAUGGGUGUCAACCCUGCCAAAAAAGUCUCUAAACACCCCAAGAAGGAUGCACCACUUAAGCCUAAUGGAAAGCCAGCUGACCCAAACAGAGACCAUCUUUAUGGUGAUGAAGACUUUGAGUUUUCUGCAGACAGUGCCUCUAGCAGUGAAAAUACUGGUCAGUUCCCCAGAAGAGUCAUAAACACACCUGGAGCCGGUGUGGAUAAUCCAGCAUAUAUCCCUGAACUGGACACCUCUCCACCCAUGCGAAACCCACCCUGGCAAACAGAGACGGGCAACAACGCAGCCGUGGCACCUUCUCAGAGAGCUCAGGGCCGACUGCCAUGGACGCCCACUAACCUGAGACGUCUGGCGCCGCUGAGAGUGAGCAGUCGCUCCACAGACUCCUUUGCCAUGCCUGAGCCUGCAGCUGACGAGGAGACGCCUGAGGAAAAGCCUGCAACACAUCAUACUAGACUGUAAACUGAUAUCUUUCCAUCACCCAACAUUCACCUGCUGAACAUGUGAUAGGGUUAAUCCUUUAAAACUGACACUGAGUUGUAAGUAAGCUGUUAUUAUGUCAUAAUAUACUCAGAGAUCAUAGGGAAUCAUAGGGGUGA